AUGGCCCCUCUCCACACCACACACAGAGAGCGCAGAGAAAGCCCAGUCCAGUCAGCGGUCCCGGGCUUUCUCUUCAGACGCCAGGCCGACCCAGAGAUGCUAGAACAAUCGAGAGCUGCACAGAGGCUGGAGUGGACUCUGCGGGACCUAAAGGAUCGAGUGAAGCACAGAGCUACACGAGACGCAAAGGCCUCAGAGUUUCCUACACUAAAGGAAGUGGAACUUGUUAUGAACCUGUCAGGGUGCCACCGUCCCAUUCCCAAAAAUUCAUGUCCCACGGACCGGCAGUCGAGAAAGUAUCGCACCAUCUCUGGAGUCUGCAACAACAGGGACCACCCUUCCUGGGGCACGGCAAACAUCGCCCUGGCCAGGUGGCUGCCGUCGGAGUACGAGGACGCAGAGCAGUCCCCCCGCGGCUGGAGCAAAAGCCCCCUCUACCGCGGCUUCCCCCUGCCCCUGGUCAGGGAAGUCAGCAAUGUGGUAAUGCGCGACUCUGGCGGGGGCCUGGUGGAGGAUGAGACUUAUUCCCAGAUGCUGGUGGACUGGGGCCAGUACGUGGCCCACGACAUCGCCUUUACCCCGCAGAGCGCGAAACAAGCGGCCGACCCGGCACAGCCAGACUGCUCCUGCACCUGUGAAAACACCAAUCUCUGCUUCCCUAUCCAGGUUCCGCCUGGUGACCGGCUGUCGGGUCAGAGGGACUGUUUACCGUUCGUCCGUUCUUCCCCGGCAUGCCCGUCCGGCGACGGUGAUGUAACCUCCCUACUUCUCGACCUCCGCGCGGGACUGCCGCGGGAGCAGGCGAAUGGAUUCACGUCCUUCCUGGAUGCCUCCACAGUAUAUGGCAGUAGCUCCACCCUGGAGCUCCGUCUCCGUGACCUAUCCAGCCGGUUCGGCGGCCUUGACGUCAACGCUCACUUCACGGACCGUGGCCAAGCGCAUCUGCCGUUCGUCCCCCACCCUCCCCACGCCUGCCUUUCUGACCCGGGGGGCCCGCCAGGCGAGAGGGGGGAGUGCUUUUUGGCCGGAGAUAGCCGGGUUAAUGAGGUUCUCUCCCUCACCGCCAUCCACACGCUGUGGGUGAGAGAACACAACCGUCUUGGCAAUGCCCUGAAAUCGCUUAAUCCACAUUGGAGCACUGAGACCACUUACCAGGAGACCCGCAAGAUAAUUGGAGCUCUGCACCAGAUCAUAACCUUCAGGGAUUAUAUUCCUAAAGUCCUUGGACCUGAGGCUUUCUCUCAGUAUGUUGGCACGUACAGAGGUUACAACAGUUCGGUGAACCCGGCAGUCUCAAACAUUUUUGCCACAGCGGCGUUCAGGUUUGGACACGCAACCGUUUCAGCCAUGUUGAGGAGGCUCAACGAGAGCUUCCAGGAGCAUGAACUGUACCCCUCUCUGCACCUCCAUCAGUCUUUCUUCAGUCCCUGGAGAUUGCUGAGAGAAGGAGGGCUGGACCCAGUUCUGAGAGGAAUGCUGGGAAAGCCGGCCCUGGCUGUGACCCCUGACCACCUGAUGACCUCUGAACUCACCCAGAGGUUGCUGGUCCUGUCCGCCCCUGGCUCUCUGGAUCUGACCGCUUUAAAUCUACAGCGAGGUCGUGAUCAUGGGCUCGCAGGUUACAACGACUGGAGACUAUUCUGUGGGCUGGAAAGAGUGGAAACUCUCGCUGAAAUCGGAUCAGUUAUAAGUGACCCCGCCUUGGUGAAGAAGGUCAUGGAUCUGUACGGACACCCAAGUAACAUAGACGUUUGGCUUGGUGGGCUUCUGGAGGACCACUUGCCAGGUGGCAGGACUGGCCCUCUUUUUGCCUGUUUGAUUGGUAAACAGAUGAAAGCGUUGCGUGAUGGAGACAGAUUCUGGUGGGAGAACAAUGGAGUUUUUACACAGGCACAGAAAAGGGAACUCCAAAGACAUUCAUUGUCUCGGGUGAUUUGUGAUGGCAGUGGAGUUCGAGAGGUUCCCUCAGACCCAUUCCAAAAGGCCCGCUACCCACAUGACUUCCUGUCAUGUGACAACAUCCCUUCAAUGAACCUGGAAGCAUGGCGUGAUGGUGCCAGCAAAGGUCACACACGAUUCAUAUAAUUUAUCAUCAUAUCUCUGCAGUAUGCUGCUGUUUGAUUUUACCCAGUCCUAUCUCUGUAGGGAUUCUGUGUUUUGUUUAUCCAAUCGUAUCUUUGAAGGGAUGCUGCUGUUUUCGUUAUCCAAUCAUAUCUCUGCACUUUCUCUUCUCCAGCUUGCGGUGAUUACAAGGAACCAUAAAAAGACAGAGUAAUAGCUCCCAGUCUUCAGUAUCAAUUAUUUUACCAUUUCAAUGAAUGUUCCGCGAAGAACCGUUCGACAAAAAUGAAUAGACACACUAAAAUUCAACAAUUCUGUCCCCAGAUUAUUGACGGCUGUACUUUUCCUUUGUGAAGCGCUGUGAGCCUGUGGCUCACCGCCGAGGUGGAAAAGGGAUAUUUUGAGCUUCGUUUCACGUCACGAAGAAUGAACACCGCUGUAUUGCUGUAUCCUGUCACCAUGGGUACUGUGCGA